AUGGUUUUUGCAGACCAAGACUUGGACAAUUCAAAGGCUAGCAAUGGGGAUGUUCUCCCGGAAAUAGGCCUUAUGAAGUCUUCAAGUCCGGAUCUUCCCAUUGAAGAGCUUCGUAGGCGCUACGAGGAAGACGGCUAUCUAUGGAUGAAAGACAUCCUCGAUAAAGAAAAGGUUCUGGGCAUGCGAGAGCAAUACUUUAGGUUCAUGACCGAAAAUGGCGAUUCAGGGAUCCUCAAGCAAGGAACGAACCCUCGCGAGGGGAUCUUUUCCGGCGAGGACUGGAGACAACUCCUGCUACCUGGCGCAAUUCGCGUUGCCAAUGGACUCAAAUAUGAAGGAAUAUGUGUCGAAAAGACUCUCACAGCACAUGUUGCCGACUUUUAUUCCAAGUUUAAGUCCAACAUGGCAGUAUCACUGGAAUCUUUUGUUGAAAAACUCGCUCAGUUCCAAGAUCCCAUGCUAUUGAAACGAACCUUACCCCAGUGCAAUGUUCCAGGUGGCGAGACUACACCAGUUCAUUAUGACCAGAUCUAUCUACUAGCAGGACCACCUACCUCAGCUACAGCAUGGAUUCCACUCAACGACUGCGCUCUGACGGGUGGGGGGUUGAUGCAUCUUGAGAAUUCGGUCGAGAUAGGGAAGAGAUUUGAAGCAGACUUUUCUGAGAAGAAACAAGCUGUUAGACUCGCGACGGAUUUGAGAUUUGUUGAUAAGACUGAGCCCUUUGAUGAGAGAUGGCUUUUCGAGGCCUACCAGGAGGCUGAUCCGAAUGUUGCCAGUCGACAGCCUCUAGGUUCUGAGAAGAAGACUCAUAUGUGA